CAUUUUAACAUAAGUAUUCUCUCCAUAUCUGUCUUUGUUCACUUCUUUCAAAUCACAGAAACAUUUUUUUCUAACGGCAAAUUUGGAUCACUGACGAACUACUGGUGUAUCGUCGUGCUAACAGCGGAACUACCCGAUUAUAUCCAUCUCCACUAGGCUAUAAUGCCUAUACACUAAUAAUUCAGCAGAAAACCCAAUAAAUAAAUCUUGGAAAAUCACCCUUUGUGGGAAUCAAAUCCAGAACCUAAUAGUUCCUAAGUCUUAUCCCACCUCAAAAUACCAUUAUGCUAUAAUGUCAUGGACCACAGAAACAAAUUACAUACGUGUGUAUAUAAGGGCCUGAACCAACACAAUGGCCCAUAAUUUCAGAGAAAAGGCAAUUACACUAAAGUCAUAUCCGGACGAGCUGGCUAUGACCGCUUGGAUAUGCUUAUUGGCGACAAUCGAGGGUACUAUAGCGGCGUUGAUCAUGGAGAGGGGGAACCCUGCAGUUUGGGCUAUAAAGUGGAACACCACACUUCUAGCAACACUCUACUGUGGGAUAAUAUGUUCAGGUGCUGUUUACUACGUCCAAGGGAUCAUUAUGAGAGAAAGAGGUCCGGUUUUUGUGACUGCAUUUAACCCAUUGUGUAUGAUAAUCGUAGCUUUCAUGGGAUCGAUUUUUCUAGCCGAGAAAACAUACCUAGGAAGGGUUCUAGGAGGAGUUGUCAUAGUUGUGGGGCUUUAUAUGGUCGUUUGGGGUAAAAGCAAGGAGCACAAAGAUCCGUCCAUUUCUAUGCAUGAGCAUACAACACCCGAAAACCAAAUAUUGGGUAAAGAGUCCGAGACAAAUUGCAACGACCAAGUUAUUGCUAUCAAAACAUCUGAUGAAAUUUGCGAUAAACAUGAUAAGACGGCUCAUGUUUGAUAGGCGUGUUCGGUUUCGGCAUGCAUGGGGUUGAGUCGUAUCUUUUAUUAUUUGUUUUGUUUCUUUUAGUUAAGUGUGUGACUAAUGGGUGUAGAGGGGGAUGCCCCAUACCCCACGUUAUUGUUAAUCCCAGUAGUAUGGUUUGUUAACUAUUUAGUUAAGUGUGUGACUAAUGGGUGUAGAGGGGGAUGCCCCAUACCCCACGUUAUUGUUAAUCCCAGCAGUAUGGUUUGUUAACUAUUUAGUUAAGUGUGUGACUAAUGGGUGUAGAGGGGGAUGCCCCAUACCCCACGUUAUUGUUAAUCCCAGUAGUAUGGUUUGUUAAUUAUGAUUUAACAAUUAUAUGUUUGCCAUA